AUGGUCUCAUUUUUGCUCGUACUCUUCCAGUUUUUAAUCUUCUCUGUUCAAGCUCAGAGUGGAGAGUGGGAGACACCACCACCACCACCACCAACAGAGUUCAUUUUCAAAGGUUUUAGGGAAAACAACAACUCGGAGAUUCAAACAGAAGGAGCAGCUGCCAUCAAACCCGAUGGACUACUGAGACUCACCGAUGGAAACUUAAGCGUCACUGGAACAGCGUUCUACCGCAAACCGUCCCUUCCAGCUCUAGCAAACGGAGGUAGUUUCGGCUUCACCUUCACACUAUCUCCCACCCCAAACCGUCCAGGCGCCGACUCUGGCCAAUACUUUGGACUUCUCAACGAGACCAACGACGGGAAUCCAACGAACCACGUUUUCGCAGUCGAGUUCGAUACUAUACAAGGGUUUAAGGACUGGACGGUCCCGGUAGCUUAUACAACUGAAGAUGAAGUAAAAGAGGAAGGUUUCCAGCUCGAACCAAUCAUAAUCCGUUUGGAUUACAACGGACAAAACCAAGUGCUGAGUUUGAUCGUUUCCUUUGCCAAACUUCCAAUUGCCCCAUCAACCCCAUUCAUCUCCCAUGUUGUUCCAAAACUGUCGGAGAUCGUGCAAGAAGAAAUGUAUGUUGGAUUCACCGCAGCCACAGGAAAAGAUAGGUCGAGUGCUCAUUAUUUGAUGGGUUGGAGUUUCAGAAGCUGUCGAGAUGGUUUAACUGCAGACAGUCUAGUUUUAUAG